GAUGAACCUCAUAAGGGAGCACAUCCUCCAACACAAAAGACAAAAGCUCCCCUGCCCCACCAACCUUACCCACCUCUACUCCCUAAUCCAAGCCCAACAACCGCCUCCAAAAUGCACUUGCGACCUCUGCAACCCAGCACCCCACACCUCCUUCUGGAACUGCCCGUCCCCGCAUUUCCACAUAAAGCUAAAAACAGACAUAACCCCAAACUGGUACGAAAAACCCUGCUACCGGCCCCUACAACUCGGUACCAUCUUCCGCUGCGAAGCUAUGCACCUCGCACAAACGGUCGUGGAGUACUUUGACAAACCGAAAGAGGAUCUCAACACCCUGCAGUUAGAGGCCUUGCACGAGCUGAACAAGUGGCUUAAACCGCGCUUGAAACACAUCCUCGGUCCCAGCACGCUCGAGACAGACCGCGAGAACCUAGUCCCAGCGAAAGAAAUGCACCAGCUCUGGCGCUGGACCAACGACAUUUUCUUCGCCGGGUCGAGCUGGUUCGAAAGAUUCCGUUGGAAGCGGUCCCUCGACGACAGACGACGCGGGCGAGCUUCUCGCCGAUGGUUCAUCUGGUCCAUCGAUAUGAAUCCCACUGUCCCUACGCACCAUUCACUCGGCGGCAGUAUCAUGCUCGAUGUCUUGAGCCGCCUUCUCCACGAAGCAGUGCAUAUGUUCCUUCUGCAGUAUGCCUGCGGGAUGUGCCGAACCGCGUCGCUGAACCCCAACAUCGCAGGUCACGGACGAGUAUGGCAGCUGCUCGCCUCCCGGGUGCAAAGCACGUUCAUCAGACUUACGGGGUUGCCUGUCGAUCUGGGCGGGUUCGACGCGUUGGUGAGGCAUUGGAAGUUUGUGUAUCCGCUGCCUAGCUUGCAUGAUCUGUCGGAGUGGAGGUUUGAGGAUGCGGAUUUGGUGCAGAUGUACUGCCGUGAUCUGCUUCGUGAGUAUAGGAGGUGUAAACGGCCUGAGUGUUUUCUCGUUAGGGAUUUUUGUAGAGAUUGGUGGGCGAGGAGUUGGAGGAAGAGGGGGCAUGCUGCUGCUGUUAGGAGGAGUGUAGAGGAUGGAAUGAAGCAGGAAGAGCAUGGGGGAUAGUGUGAGGUGAGGUAAUACAUAAGGUGAUGGCGAGAGGGAACAGAUAUAUCAACUUUGUUCUUUACGACGGCGGG